AGCCCAUUCCCCGUUCGACCUUUUGUCGAGAACUCAAGGGUACAAAGCUUGGUACACUGGUGCCGUGAAUACGUUUCAUCAUCUUGUGAGGAAGUACAAGCUUCUCAACACCUAUCAAUUGGACCGUUGCUUUUUCGGCUAUCUAGGAGAACAGCAACUGAGAGGGCAGAAAACUGGGAUCACGAUGUUGCAUCCUGAGAAUCGCCGGGCUUUUGGAAGGCGAUGGAAUAAGGGACUCGCUCACCACUUGUCGAAUACAACAGCGCCUAUGAGAAUGAGGUCCAGAAGGGCAAAGAACAAGAGCAGGUAUUCAUCGUCGAAGAAAGGCCAUGCUUCCAGAGCAGGUAAUCAGAACGUACUCGAGGAGCCCGGUUACGUUCACGAAGAUGACUGGCACUUGAGGGGUCCACGGGAAUGGGCGAAGUAUAUGGUAACGCGGGGUGAGUGGGGCACGACUCGCCCGAUGAACUUCUCGAUGUUGACCAUGAACAGGACUAAUGACACUCUGAAUCAGAUUCCCCGACUUCAAGAACAACCUCCCUGGGAAGAUGCCUCUUGCCCUUUCCGUCUAUGGAGUGAAUCCGACUUAGCAAGUCAGAAUUCCUACGUCGAUGCUCACGGCAAUGUGGUGGAAUCAGUGUACAAGAGGUGUGUGCAAUGGCCACUCGAAUCCCCACAGCUCAAUGCCGGUCUAAGCACCGCCCGUUGCUCGUUCCAAAGAGACCCUCCUGCCGUAAUCCACAAGGCAGAUGUAGCAUUGACGGACUACUUUAGGAGAACGUGGAGGAAGGAGAGGGCGUGUGGGCAUUAGGAUGAUUGGACUCUAUAAUGCUGUACUACAGAGUACUUAAAUAUAUAUGAUCUUAGUUGUAAAUGAUGUCGAGAUGCUGUACUAGAGUACUUAAAUAUAUUAUAUGAUCUUAGUUGUAAAUGAUGUCGAUGUGAUCUUCAUCUUUUUCUUUACCGUGAUUAUUUCUCGUGUUUAUCAUUUUCUUGUUCGUACGUGUUCCAGCAAAUCUUCGUAUUCCACUUCACACUCACGCGCACGCCAAAGAGCGGAGCGCUGUUCUGAAGAAAAUGUCAUUGACCACUGUUUUGUCGCACGCCGCCGAUGUAAGGAACGACGCAAAUUCAACUACCUUUAAGGCAACCGCUGGAGC